AAACCAACUACGUUAAGAAUAAAUGCAAAACAUCCAUAAGCAAGAAUUUUCUGGAGCUCAGGACCCUCCAAGAGACACACCCACCUUAGGGAUCCAUGCACCCGGGCUAUGAGCUCGACUGCAGGUAGGGGGCGCCAGCAGGGCGCGCUGCGGGGGCCGAUGGGAGAUGUAGUCCAGAGCCAGGAAAGCCGCUGACCUACGUGGGGGUGAGAUGUUCCGGUUCUGCUCAAGCCCGAGACCUGCCUGGUCGUGGACCUCGCUCCCACGCGGACCCUACAACACCUGGCGCGCUCCGGAGCCCCUCACCUGCCGCCUCUUUGGAUCCAGAUGCCCCCGCUGCCGCGCCCACUCUAGCCUCGGGGCGCUUCCUCCUAGAAACCGGCGGAGUCGGGAGCCGGAAGAUGGCGCAGACGCACAAAGCACCGCCAAUGCUGCGUCCCGAUUGGACCAGCGCUGCAGUUGCUUCUGGGAAACGUAGUCUCUAGGCCCAAAGGUAGUAACCAAACCGCAAGGCGAGAUCUCGCGAUGUUUCUGGUGGGCGGGUCCGUGCGUGUGUCUGUGUGUGAGAGAAAGAGACCGUCUGGGAUGGGACGGGGUGCGCUGUGUCCACCGGCUGCUGCGUGAAGUUGUGUGUUGCGCUUGUUGUCCGCGCGUGGUCGUCUCUCCGACGGCAGUUCUGUUUUCUCUGGACAGUGCCCUUCUCCCAGAGAGGAGCCUGAGGAGGAGGACAGAAGAGCUGUUAUAAAUUCUUAAAUUCUUAAAGCCAUGUCCGAGGAUUUGGUGACCUUUGGGGAUGUGGCUGUGGAUUUCUCUCAGGAGGAGUGGGAAUGGCUGAGCCCUGCUCAGAGGCAUUUGUACAGGAAGGUGAUGCUGGAGAACUACAGGAGCCUGGUGUCACUGGGAGUUUCAGCUUCUAAGCCAGAUGUGAUCUCAUUAUUGGAACAAGGAAAAGAGCCCUGGAUGAUGAAGAAGGAGGGGACGAGAUGCGCACGUCCUGAUUGGGAAUAUGCAUCUAAAAACAAUGAAUUUUCAUCAAAGCAAGUUACAUAUGAAGAAUCAUCCAAAGUAGUGAUAAUGGCAAGAAGCCAUCUUAGUUAUAACCUUGACUGCUCCAGUUUGAGAGAAGACUGUACAAGUGAGGAUUGGUAUAAGAACCAGUUGAGAAGUCAGGAGGUGCAUCCUGGUCAACUGAUGAUCACUCAUAAAGAAAUCCUCAAUGGAGAGCAAAAUAAUGAAUAUACUAAAUCUUGGCAGACUUUCCAUCAGGGUGCAAUCUUUGACAUAAAGCAGAGUUUUCCUACCAAAGAAAGAAUACAUAAACAUGAGCCACAAAAGAGAAGGUACCAGAAAAAACCUGCUGAAAUGAAACGUAAGAAAGUUUAUGUAGAAAAGAAACUUUUGAAAUGUAAUGAAUGUGAGAAAGUUUUCAACCAGACCUCAUCUCUUACUCUUCAUCAGAGAAUUCAUACUGGAGAGAAACCCUAUGCAUGUGUUGAAUGUGGGAAAACCUUCAGCCAGAGUGCAAACCUAGCUCAGCAUAAGAGAAUACAUACCGGAGAGAAACCCUAUGAAUGUAAAGAGUGUCGGAAAGCCUUCAGCCAGAAUGCCCACCUUGCUCAACAUCAGAGAGUUCAUACUGGAGAGAAACCUUAUCAGUGUAAAGAAUGUAAAAAAGCCUUCAGCCAGAUUGCACACCUGACUCAACACCAGCGAGUUCAUACUGGAGAGAGACCUUUUGAAUGUAUUGAAUGUGGAAAGGCCUUUAGUAAUGGUUCGUUUCUUGCUCAGCAUCAGAGAAUUCACACCGGAGAGAAACCUUAUGUAUGCAGUGUCUGUGGGAAAGCCUUUAGCCAUCGUGGAUACCUGAUUGUACAUCAGAGAAUUCAUACUGGAGAGAGACCCUACGAAUGUAAGGAAUGUCGGAAAACCUUCAGCCAGUACGCACACCUUGCUCAACAUCAGAGAGUUCAUACUGGAGAGAAACCUUACGAAUGUAAAGUAUGUCGGAAAGCCUUCAGCCAGAUUGCUUACCUGGAUCAACACCAGAGGGUUCAUACUGGAGAGAAACCCUAUGAAUGUAUUGAAUGCGGGAAGGCCUUCAGCAACAGUUCAUCACUUGCACAACAUCAGAGGAGUCAUACUGGAGAGAAACCUUACAUGUGUAAGGAAUGUAGGAAAACAUUUAGCCAGAAUGCGGGCCUUGCACAACAUCAGCGAAUUCAUACUGGAGAGAAACCUUAUGAAUGUAACAUUUGUGGAAAAGCCUUCAGUUACAGUGGAUCCCUUACUCUACAUCAAAGAAUUCAUACUGGAGAGAGACCCUAUGAAUGUAAAGAUUGCAGGAAAUCUUUUAGGCAGAGAGCCCACCUUGCUCAUCAUGAGCGAAUACAUACAAUGGAGUCAUUCUUGACUCUUUCCUCUCCCUCACCCUCUAUGUCCAGUCAGUUGCCAAGACCUAUAGGUUUGAUCUCCUAAACAGGCCUUGACUCUAACUCCUUUAAUACGCUUCCAUUCUAUUAUGUUUGUCCAACACACAGAAAUCUAUUUGACAUGGACUAUGGAAAUAGCUUUCUAAUUGGUCUCCCUGUAGUUACCAUUUCCUGCUCGUUGUCCAUAUUGCAGUCAAACUUGUAUUUAAAAGUUUGAUCAUAUCACUUCUCCCUCAUUAAAACUUUUCAUUAGCAUCCCAUAGUUCUUAGGUCAAGGCACAUAUUCCUCAAAGUCGCCUAAAAGACACCUUCUCAUUGCCAAUACCUCGUUCCAGUCUGUGUUUCAAAGUCCCAUCUCAUGUCACUAUCCAUCUCAUUCUUUAGAUACUUAACCAAGAAAUCAAGAACUCACAGCCAGCAUCAAAUAGGUCUGGUUUUCAAUUCUUACUCUUCCAUUUUCUAGACCUCUAGUUUUGGACAGACAUUCUGUCAUUUCUAGGCUCAAUCUUCUUAUUUAUGUUACGGGAAUAAUAAUGGUACUACCUCAGAAGUUAACAAGAGGAUUAAGUGAGAUAAUGCAUGUAAUUUGCUCAGCAGAGUGCCUAGCAUAAUCAUUCAAUAAACAUUAAGGUAAUAGAUAAAAAGAUACUAUGUAUACAGAUAAGACCUGAUCAUCUCAGCAAUGAUUGAUAAAUAAAAACAACACCUCAAGACUCAA